AUGAAAGCCGGUCUCUCUCUCGUCUUGAUAGCUGGCGCAGGUCUUGUUCAAGCACACGGCCAAGGUCACGGCUUUCUUCAUCGGCGUGCGCAAACAAUAACGAGUGCUGAAGCACUAUCAAGUCCAGACAAACCAACUCUGACCGGAACCAUUAGCAACUGUAACCAAUGGUAUGAUGUGGUCCAGGGGGACUCUUGCUGGGCCAUCACACAAGAUUUUGGAAUCACUCAAGAUCAGUUUGAAGCUUGGAACCCGGCCGUAGGUAGCUCUUGCGUGGUCGAAAUUGGCGUUUCAUACUGUGUGGGAGUCGGCUCAGUCGUGUCGACAACAACGCCUUCCAUUUCGACCACGACCAUCAAGUCGAGUGACCCAGUGUCAAGCAUAACAUCUUCAAUCACGGGCACGGGCACAAUCACAUCAAACGCCACAUCUACGACGCCCUAUUCUACCCUUUCUUACAACACAACGACCAAUCCAGUCACUAUAACUGACUCGACUUGGCCGCCGACCCAGACACAGUCAGGGCAGCCUAGCUACUGUAACAAUUGGUACCAAGCCAAGAAUGGAGAUACUUGCGAGACUAUCACCUUCAGAUAUUCUACAUGGAUGGACAGGAGUGACUUCCUUGAUUGGAAUCCAGCGGUGGGUGAGAACUGUACUAGCAUAUUCUACGGUUAUUGGUACUGCGUCGGAAUCAAGCCGCAAACUUCGAUCGGAUACAACGAGACGGCCACAUCACUAUGGUACCCUACGUGGUCAUAUACGGCCCCAGCCGCCAUGGAUACAAAUUUCUCUCCUACACCUGCACAAGAUGGCCUCGCAAGCGAUUGCCAAGACUACUAUAUUACAGAUGAGGGUGAUACCUGUGCGAGCAUCGCCGCCUCUCAAGGCUUUCUUACCGAAGAUCAGUUUAUUCAGUGGAAUCCUGCUGUUGGAACCAAUUGCUCCAACAUCCAGACAGGAUAUUACUAUUGUAUCUGGAACGGAACAUCUCUGCCCUUGCCAUCAACCACAAAUGCAUUGCCGUCUCCCGUGCAGGCGGGCAUUACAUCGAGUUGCACUGCGUGGUAUCAAGCUAGUGACGGAGAUAACUGUGAUCUUAUCCCUGAGGAGUUCGGUACUUUUUCAAAACCCGAAUUUCUCAACUGGAACCCUGCCGUGAAGUCUGAUUGCUCUGGACUUGUGAUGGGAGAUUACUACUGUAUCGCGGUGCCAGGAACCCCCACGACUCGAACUGCAUCGGCACCCAGCUUGCCUACGCCAACAACGCCGGCUGAUACUAUUUCGACUUGCUUAGACUACUGGCUGGUGGGAACAAACGAUAAUUGCACGACAAUCGCUGAGGCAAAUGGAAUCUCAGUUGCGACUCUGGUGACUUGGAACCCUUCCCUGGAGUCGAACUGCAGUGGAUUGAGCUCCAACACAUAUAUUUGUGUUGGAAUCCCCAGCAAUGCUACCAGCACAUCGACGACUUCUGUUACAACCACCACUGGAGCAGGUACUUCCAGUACGACAUCUUCCGCCACAACAACCGCAACCACUACAUCCGGGGCAGCAACACCCUCGCCUAUCCAGACGGGCAUGACAAGUGACUGUAUUCGGUUUUACAAAGUCGAGACAAACGAUGGCUGUUAUGAUAUUGCCCAAGAUGCAGGGAUAGCGCUCAGUGACUUCUACAGCUGGAAUCCUGCUUUGAACGGCGAUUGCUCUGGUCUUCAGGCAAACGUGUAUGUCUGCAUCGGAAAGACAGGAUACGCGACCACCAUCACCACCGGUACACCUGUUCCUGUCACGCCAACCCCAACCCAGACCGGAAUGGUGACCGGCUGUCUACGCUUUUACGAUGUACAUAGCGGAGAGGGCUGCGCUGAUAUAGCCUCUGAGGCAGGCAUUGCCGAAUCUGACUUCUAUAGCUGGAACCCAGCUGUGAGCACGAACUGUGCCGGUCUCCAGGCCUUUGUGUUUGUAUGUAUUGGAACUAAGGGGCCUAUUACGACAAUAACCAGUGGGACCCCAGUGCCGGCGACGACUACCAGCUACUUUAGUACUUGA